GGCGCGCUGGGCGGCCUGUUCGCCGCGGCGGCGCCGGGCGCCGAGGCGGGCUUCGGCAGAGCAGCGGGCGGCGGCCUGUUCGCUUCGGCGCAGCCGGACGCCGACGCGGGCUCUGGAGGCACGCGGGGGCCGCAGAGGGGCCUCUUCGCCUCCGCCGCUCCAGGCAGCGCGGCGAGCACAGGUGGCGGCGGUGCGACAGGCAGUUUAUUUUCUUCGGCGAGGUCAGACAGUGGACCCAGCGCGGGAGGCGCCGUCGGCGGCCUCUUCGCCGCUGCUGGCUCGGGAGGCGCGGCCAACAGCGGCGGCCUCGCCCUGGGCGGUCUCUUCUCCCCGGGUGGCCCCAGCGCCGGGGCAGGCAGCGGAGGCGCGCUGGGCGGCAUGUUCGCCUCGGCGAAGCCAGACGGCGGCGCCACAGCGAGUGGCGCGCUGGGCGGCUUGUUCGCCUCGGCAAAGCCAGACGGCGGCGCCACAGCGAGUGUCGCGCUGGGCGGCUUGUUCGCGCCGGCAAAGCCGGACUGUGUGGCGAAAGAGAGCGGCGCGUUGGGCGGCUUGUUCGCCUCGGCGAAGCCAGACGGUGCGGCGACAGCGGGCGGCGCUCUGGGCGGCCUGUUCGCCUCGGCGAAGCCAGACGGCGGCGCCGCAGGGAGCGGCGCGUUUGGCGGCCUGUUCGCCUCGACGAAGGUAGGCAGCGACGUGGCAGCAAGCGGCGCGCUGGGCGGCCUGUUCGCCCCGGCGAAGCCGGACGGCGGCGCCACAGCGGGCGGCGCGUUGGGCGGCCUGUUCGCCUCGGCGAAGCCAGACGGCGGCGCCACCGCGGGCGGCGCGUUGGGCGGCUUGUUUGCCUCGGAGAAGCCGGACAGCGACGUGACAGCGAGCGGCGCGUUGGGCGGCUUGUUCGCCCCAGCGAAGCGGGACGGCGAGGCUAGCGGGCUGGGCAGCCUCUUCGCCUCGGCGAAGCCGGAGGGCGCGAUCGCGGGCCUCUUCGCCGCGGCUGGUGCUGGCGCUGGCUCUGGCAGCGGCGGCAGCCCCUUCGGCGGGGCCGCGGCGCCCUCGCUCGGCCUCGGCGCGGGCGGCGGCCUCUUCGGCGCCAGCACCACCGCCGCCGCUCCCGCGCAGGCGGCCGCCGCCGACGACGGCCAGGCAGCCCAGCAGCCGCAGCAGGCCAAGAGGCGGCGGGCCGCGGCGGCCGCGGGCGAGCUGCCGGCCUCCGCGGAGGAGAAGGUGCCCCAGGCCUCCGCUGGCGCCGCGGAGCCGCCGGCCUCCACGCCUGACGGGGGGGCGCCGCCGGAGGCCUCGGGCGACGCCCAGGAGGCCACGCUGGAGCCGGUCAAGGUGGAGACACGGGAGGACUUCUGGAAGGUGCAGGUGGAGGCCGUGUACCGCAGGCGCAACCCCUACAAGCUGGGGGAGGUGCCCGGGCUCAUGGCGAAGUACAAGGGUAAGGAGGCCGGCCUGUACGCGAAGGUCUGCAAGCGGUACGACCUGGACCCGAAGAAGCUGUACGCCGACCCGAAGGCCUGGGAGGGCGAGGACAAGGACGUGAAGGACGACGAGCAGGACGAAGGCGGCGGCGCUGCUCCAGCGCCGACGCCGUUCGGCGCCACGGCGGCCGUGGGCGGCGCGGGCUCUGCUGGCGCCGCCGGCCUCUUCGACUCCCUCUUCGGCCCCG